AUGCGAUCUGCCAAAGCAGUCGUUUCAGAGAACCUUGCACGAUUUGGCUCUGCUGCCAAUAUGUCGUACAGCACUGGAAGCGGGAUUAAUCGCCCGCAUACGAUCACCUCGCUACGACGCUGGUCUAUUGUGAACAAGGAGCUGCCAGCUGUUUCUCAAAUUCGCGCAAUUCACGUCUACGAUUUCGACAACACCUUAUUUCUAAGUCCUCUACCAAACCCACAAUUAUGGCAUGGCUCCUCAGUCGGCUUCCUUCAAACCAAUGAUAGUUUCGCAACUGGAGGAUGGUGGCACGACCCCAACAUUCUCGCCGCUACAGGAAAAGGCAUGGAGAUAGAAGAGCCCCGCAAAUGGGAAGGCUGGUGGAAUGAGCAAAUUCUUAGUUUGGUUAGGAAUAGCAUGGAGCAGAAAGAUGCGCUCACGGUGUUGCUGACCGGUCGAAGUGAGGCCGGCUUCUCAGAUAUCAUCAAGCGGAUGGUCGCUAGUCAAAAUCUUGAAUUCGACCUAAUUGGUCUCAAACCCGAAGUUGGUCCACAUGGUCAACGGUUUGCGACCACAAUGAACUUCAAACAAAACUUUCUCGAGGAUCUUGUUUUCACUUACGAGCAGGCUGCGGAAAUCCGCGUCUACGAGGACCGUGUCAGACAUGUGAAAGGCUUCCGAGACUUCUUUGAGUGUCUGAACAGAGACCUCCAAAAUGGACCCUCUACUGCACGGAUGCCUAUCCUUGCUGAAGUCAUCCAGGUAACUGAGGGCAGCACAUACCUUGACCCCGUAACUGAGGCUUCUGAGGUGCAGCGCAUGGUCAAUUCCCACAACCUCACACUGCGGAACCCUGCUUUGAACGUAACCAAAAGCCGCUCUGGGCGGUUGUAUAUCAAGCGUGUCGUCUUCUACACAGGUUAUCUGGUUUCUCCAGAGGUUUCAAACAGCAUGACGCAGAAGUUGCUGGCUCCACUGCUCCCCCCAGGGCUUGGUGAAUCAAAUGACCUGAAGUACAUGGCUAACAGCAUCCUAAUCACCCCACGCCCAGCACCUCGUUCAAUCCUGGACAAGGUUGGAGGCCUGGGUAAGAAACUAAAGUGGCAGGUUACCGGAACCGGAAAUCUGGACAACAAGAUAUGGGCAGCCCGCGUGGCACCUAUCCCGGCAACGGAGCCUUAUCACACGGAGAACCCACUGCCAAUUGUAGUACUGGCUGUUCGCAAAGGUGCUCGCCUCAUCGAUGCAGGGAAGAUCCAAAACUGGCACCCCAUUCCGGCUGACAAAGCCAUGACCUUUGAGACUGUGGUCGGCGAGAAGGUUGUCCUACGAGUCGAGGACAGCGGAGAGUAUCGUCAAGGAGAGCAACCCUUGAACAGGAGUCAAAAGAGACGCUUCCAGCCGGACGACGGAAAUGUCGUCUGGCCCAAUCAAAACACCGGCUCUGAUGGCCCAUCUUAUGGCCGCGGCAACUAUCACUCCUCCCAGCGCGGCGGAGGUGAUGGACGUCACCAAUACGAUGAUAGUCCGCGAGGAAGAGGAGCUCAUCGUGGACGUGGCCGAGGUGUCGGACGCGGGCGCGGUAACAACAACCGAGGUCGCGGCCGAGGUCGUGGUCGAGGUGAAUACUACCAGUAUAGGUCGCUAGAUGAUCAUAGCACUGGACACGACGGGCAACACGACAGCAAGAAUGGACACAAUGGUGGCGGAGGUGCAGGCAGAGGGGGUUACUCCAUGGACUAUUGA